AUGGAGCCACCGGAUCUGCCAACAUCUUCGACGGGGCAGCAACACUCUUUGCUUGCUGCCCGACCUUCAUUCGCCGCCAUGAUCUCCGCCCCUCGUUCUGCUCCUCCCCCUCGACUCAGCCCCGUCCCCCUGGCAAAUCGUACAUCAUCCAUCGUUGAACAAGCGCCAGCGGUGUUCUUCUCACCACUCGAGAUCGAUCAACUCAAUAAACAGGUAGAUAAUACGUUGAUCAUGAAGUUUUCGGCAGGGCGUCCAAGUCUGCAAGAAAUCCGCAGUCAUAUCAACGCGGAGUGGAACUUAGCUGCUGAGCCUGCAAUAGGGUUUUUAGACCCUCGUCAUAUUACUAUUCACAUGGGUUCUGUAGGCGAUGCGAAAUUGGCUCUAUCGCGAAACACAAACAGCAUCAAGAACUGUAUGUUCCGGCUAUUUAGAUGGAUGCCGGAGUUUGCUUUAGGAAAAGAUAGUAAUAAGGUAGCGGUUUGGGUCCGAUUUCCGAAGCUGCCGCUGCCUUAUUUUAAUGUCUCUUCGCUUGAAAGAAUUGGAGGAGCCCUAGGUACUGUUCUUCGUGCCGAUGAUCGUACCCUCGCUUUCACUCAUACGAACUAUGCUAGGGUCUGCAUAGAAAUCAAUGUUGCUCACACCCUACCAGAGGCUAUAUUCGUUGGAUCUUCAAAGGAUGAAGGCUGGUGGCAACGCAUUGAAUACGAGGGAAAUCACAUGUAUUGUUCACACUGUGGACUUUUGGGUCAUCUUGUAGGCGCCUGUCGAAAGAAAAUUGGAAUUCUUAAACAUACGCCGGACAAGAAAAAGCCCAUAGUACAACCGACGAAAAUUCUCCGACGGGGAGAAGAUGAUCCACCCUCAGACGAUCGAACCCCUCAGAACCACGUUCACAAUACUCGAACACCUGUUAAUCCAUCAGAGCUCCUAGUUCCCACGGACCAGACCACGAGGCAAGAUAGUGCGGCGCAAGAAAACACUAAUUCCACGUUUAACAAUACCUCUGAAAUGCCACACACAGAAGUUAGUUUUGAGGCUAUUAAUGUCAAGGAUGUUCGCCAGAACGAUGUAAUUGCAGAUGAUGUUAUAUUACCGGAGAACGUGGAGAAUUCUGAACAACAUGGAGUUAAUGGAUACUCCCCUAACAAACAUCCAGUUACUACAGCAGGUCCGCGUGAAGAGAGGGUCUUGGUUGCUAACAAAUUCCAGGCCCUGACUCAUGACAGUUUGGCUCUGGCCAUAAUUCACUCGGACGGUGAGCAAGAUGACGAAGUUGGUGUCUCAUUGUCGCCUAAAUCUGAUAGUGAAGUAUUGUUAAUUGCGAAAAAAGGAGCCACUGAUAAGAAAACCGACAGUAGAGCAUAUGUUCCACAUACUGAUCGGAUUACCAGAUCCCUGGCAAAGUUUUCUACCAACCCCACUGUUUAA